UCCCCCUUCCCCCCGGGCCGUGCUGCUCCGUGAGGCGGUGGCACGGGGGGGUGCUCGGUGUCCCGGGAGGUCCCACUGGGCUCUUUCAAACUGGGGCCAAACUGCCCCCUUCGUCCCGUUGGCGGCGCCAGGAGCCCCUCGCCGCCCGGAAUGCGGUGGUGCGACUGCCCUUGCAGUGCCCUUCCCUUCCCAGGGGAUCCCCAGCACCGUGUCUCCUCUGCUCCUCAGUAAUCAAGGGAAGUAUUCAACACUAGGCAACAUGUCUUCCACCAAACCUCCAAAUGAAAAUGAAACACCCAAAGAGAGAAAACCAGGACUGAGGAGUGUUCAGACAACUAUGCUUUUCCGAGCUGUGAACCCAGAGCUCUUCAUUAAACCUAACAAACCUGUGAUGGCGUUUGGACUGAUAGCAAUUAGCCUCUGUGUGGCCUACCUUGGUUAUUUGCAUGCAACAGCAGAGAAUAAAAAGGACCUCUAUGAAGCAAUCGACAGUGAGGGGUCCAGAUACAUGAGGAGGAAAACUUCCAAGUGGGACUGAGAAUGUAAGAAAGGAAAUCAGUAAAUCACUCACAGAACUUUUCCAGGCAACUACUGUUUUUUUUCUCUUUCCCUUGAAAUAAUGGAUAAAUGUCUCACUUGAUAUUUAAUUCAAUUCGAGUUCCUUUAUAAAAUGCUAUGCUUGUACAAAUAAACUGCAGUUAAGAUACAUCUGAAAAUAAAAGUGAUUGUAAGAGUUGCCUUC